CGCUCUCGCCCUCGCCUUCGCCCUCGCUGCUCGCUCUCGCCCUCUUCGUCUCUGUCUUUCUCGGCCUUGCUCUCGCUCGCCCUCAAUCGCUCUCGCUCGGGCCUCGCUGUGUCGCUCUCGCCCGCUCACUCGACCUCGCUCUCGCCGCUGCCUCCCUCGCCCUCGCCCUCGCUGCUCGCUCUCGCCCUCUUCGUCUCGGUCUCGCUCUCGCUCGCCCUCAAUCGCUCUCGCCUUCGCCCUCAAAAAAGGAUUCCUUAAGGCUUGGGGCUCGACCAUUUGUCUUUCUAAGGACUACCUUUGCCGUACUUCUCAGGGCAGUAGCCAUUUCCCUCCACAUUUGAUGUCUCAAGUAGAGGAUUUAUGGGAGAGGUUGGUACGUGCUGCGUUAAGGAGGGAGAGGACAGGGAUUGAUGCAUAUGGGCGUCCUGUAGGUGGCAUUGCUGGAAAUGUUCCAUCUUCUCUUGCUAAGAAUAGAGACAUAGAUGCAAUUUUAAGAGCAGCUGAUGAAAUUCAAGAUGAUGAUCCAAAUGUCUCCAGAAUCUUAUGCGAGUAUGCUUAUUCUUUGGCUCAGAAUUUGGACCCAAAUAGUGAGGGGAGGGGUGUUCUACAGUUCAAGACUGGCUUGAUGUCUGUUAUAAAGCAAAAACUUGCAAAGCGAGAGGGUGGGAUCAUAGACAGAAGCCAAGACAUUACUCGCUUACAGGAAUUUUAUAAGCAUUAUAGGGAGAAGCAUAAUGUGGACAAGCUACGGGAAGAGGAAAUGCAGUUGAGGGAGUCGGGUGCUUUCAGUGGUAACCUUGGAGAGUUAGAGCGUAAAACUGUGAAAAGGAAAAGAGUUUUUGCGACCCUCAAAGUUCUUGGGACAGUGUUGGAAGAGCUGACUAAGGAGGUUUCUCCGGAAGAUGCAAAAAGAUUAAUUCCUGAUGAGCUGAAGCGGGUAAUGGAAUCAGAUGCCGCUAUGACAGAAGACCUAAUUGCUUACAACAUUAUUCCUUUGGAUGCCCCUGAUAGAACAAAUGCUAUUCUGUCUUUGCCGGAGGUCCAAGCUGCAGUUUCAGCCUUAAAGGAAUUCAAAGGCCUGUCGAAAUUACCUGAGAGUCUUUCUUUACCUGCUGGAAGGGUUGCUGAUGUGCUUGAUUUUCUCCAUUUUGUUUUUGGGUUUCAGAAAGACAAUGUUUCUAACCAGCGGGAACACAUAGUUCACCUCCUUGCAAACGAGCAAUCUCGACUUCGUAUUCCUGAUGAGCCUGAACCGAAAUUGGACGAGGCUGCUGUGCAGAAAGUAUUUCUGAAGUCUCUCGAUAACUACAUUAAAUGGUGUAACUACUUGGGAAUUCGAGCAGUAUGGAGCAAUUUGGAGUCUGAUAGCAAGGAGAAGAAAUUGUUCUUUAUUUCUUUGUACUUUUUGAUUUGGGGUGAAGCAGCCAACAUUAGAUUUCUUCCAGAAUGCUUGUGCUACGUAUUUCAUCAUAUGGCAAGGGAAGUGGAGGAAAUGUUACGGCAGCAAAAUGUCCGUCCAGCUGAGAGUUGCAAAACUGACAAUGGUGCCUCCUUCCUUGACCAAGUGAUACACCCUCUAUAUGUGGUUGUUGCUGCGGAAGCUGGAAACAAUGAUAAUGGUCGAGCACCUCAUUCUGCCUGGAGAAAUUAUGACGAUUUUAAUGAAUUUUUUUGGUCACUGCAUUGCUUUGAUCUUAGAUGGCCAUGGAGCAAAAGUGAAUCAUUCUUUCUAAAGCCAACCCUGAGGUCAAAGAAUUUGCUUAAAGCUGGCCCAAGUAAACGGCAUGGGAAGACCUCAUUUGUUGAACACCGAACAUUUCUUCAUCUUUACCAUAGUUUCCACCGUUUGUGGAUAUUCCUUAUCAUGAUGUUUCAGGGACUAACCAUCAUUGCAUUCAAUAAUGGGCAUAUUAAUUCAAAGACCAUCAGAGAAGUUCUCAGUCUUGGUCCAACAUUUGUGGUGAUGAAAUUUUUUGAAAGUGUUUUGGACAUUGUCAUGAUGUUUGGUGCAUAUUCAACGUCUCGACGCUUAGCCGUGUCAAGAAUUUUUUUCCGUUUCCUUUGGUUUAGUGCAGCUUCAGUUUUGAUAUGUUUUCUUUAUGUAAAAGCUCUCCAAGAGCAGAGUAAAUCAAAUACGGACUCUAUCAUUUUCAGAAUUUAUGUAAUUGUUAUUGGCAUUUAUGCUGGUGUGCAAAUCUUUAUUGGUUUCCUGAUGCGAAUACCGGCAUUCCACCGUCUGACCAAUCAAUGUGAUAAUUGGCCUCUAAUUCAUUUCAUCAAGUGGAUGCACCAGGAGCAUUACUAUGUUGGCCGUGGCAUGUACGAGAGGACAUCUGAUUACAUCAAGUACAUGAUCUUCUGGUUUUUUGUUUUGGGUGGGAAAUAUUCCUUUGCAUAUUUUCUUUUGAUAAAACCCCUGGUCAAACCUACUAGAACUAUUGUGAAGAUGAAUCGCUUGGAUUAUUCUUGGCAUGAUCUUGUGUCUAAAAAUAACCACAAUGCUUUGACAGUUGCUAGCUUAUGGGGACCAGUGGUAACUAUCUAUCUCUUAGAUGCUCAAUUGUUUUACACUAUUAUUUCUGCUGUAUGGGGUUUCUUGCUCGGGGCUAGGGAUCGCCUUGGGGAGAUUAGAUCCUUGGGAGCUGUCCACAAACUAUUUGAAAAGUUUCCUGAGGCCUUUAUGAAUACUCUUUACAUUCCUCAGUCUAACAGGACUUAUCUUCAGUCGAAUGGUCAAGUCCUGGAGAGGAGUAAGGCAGAUGCAGCUCAGUUUGCUCCCUUUUGGAAUGAGAUUAUAAAGAAUCUAAGAGAAGAGGAUUAUAUUACUGAUUUGGAAAUGGAGUUGCUUCUCAUGCCCUGUAAUACUGGGAACAUACCCAUGGUUCAAUGGCCCCUUUUCCUUCUUGCCAGCAAGAUCUUUCUGGCUAAAGAUAUUGCGGUAGAGAGUCUAGACACUCGAGAUUCACAAGAAGAAUUAUGGAAUAGAAUCUCAAGGGAUGACUACAUGAAAUAUGCAGUUGAGGAAUGUUUUCACACGAUUAUGCUUAUUCUGACAGCUAUAUUAGAUGACGAAGGAAAGAUGUGGGUUGAAAGGAUAUAUGAAGACAUUCACUCAAGUAUAAGAAACAAGAACAUUCCCAAGGACUUUCAAUUGAAUAAGCUGCAAUUUGUGAUUUCACGAGUCACAGCUAUUAUGGGAGUACUGAAAAAAUCAGAAACAGCAGAACAGCAUAAUGGAGCCGUCAAAGCUGUUCUAGAUCUCUAUGAUGUUAUACGCCAUGAUGUCCUUUCUAUUAACAUGAGGGAACAUUAUGAGACUUGGAGUAUGUUGUCAAAAGCAAGGAAUGAAGGUACUUUAUUUUCAAAGUUAAAGUGGCCACGAGAUCCUGAAUUGAGAGCACAAGUGAAAAGAUUGUAUUCUCUUCUUACAAUCAAAGACUCAGCCGCAAAUAUUCCUAAGAAUCUUGAGGCCAGAAGACGACUGGAAUUCUUCACAAAUUCCCUUUUCAUGGAUAUGCCUGCUGCCAAGCCAGUCCGUGAGAUGAUGUCCUUCAGUGUGUUCACUCCAUAUUACUCUGAGAUUGUUCUGUAUAGCAUGGAUGAACUUCUAAAGAAAAAUGAAGAUGGGAUAUCAAUUUUGUUUUACCUUCAAAAGAUAUAUCCAGAUGAGUGGAGAAACUUCCUUGCUCGGAUUGGUCGUGAUGAAAAUGCAGUAGAUUUGGAACUUUUUGAUAGUCCUAGUGAUACCCUUGAACUGCGAUUUUGGGCUUCAUACAGGGGACAAACUUUGGCUAGAACUGUUCGGGGAAUGAUGUACUAUAGAAAAGCUUUGAUGCUCCAAACCUAUCUGGAAAGGAUGACUGCUGCAGAUAUGGAAACUGCUGUUUACAGUAAAGAGGCAACUGAUACUCGAGGUUUUGAAUUGUCUCCUGAGGCACGAGCUCAGACAGAUCUUAAAUUCACAUAUGUUGUUACGUGUCAGAUAUAUGGGAAACAGAAAGAAGAACAAAAACUUGAGGCUGCAGACAUUGCAUUGCUAAUGCAGAGGAAUGAGGCUCUUCGAGUUGCCUUUAUUGAUGAGGUUGAAACACUAAAGGAUGGUCGAGUGCAAACAGAAUACUACUCAAAACUUGUGAAAGCUGACAUCAAUGGGAAAGACAAGGAAAUCUACUCUGUUAAGUUGCCUGGAAAUCCAAAGCUUGGUGAGGGGAAGCCUGAAAAUCAGAAUCAUGCUAUCAUAUUUACCCGUGGAAAUGCAGUGCAGACAAUUGACAUGAAUCAGGAUAAUUAUUUUGAGGAAGCUUUGAAGAUGAGAAAUCUUCUUGAAGAAUUCCAUCAUGACCAUGGCAUUCGUCCUCCUAGCAUUCUUGGUGUCAGAGAACAUGUUUUUACUGGAAGUGUCUCAUCUUUAGCUUCAUUCAUGUCAAAUCAAGAAGGUAGCUUUGUAACGCUUGGGCAGCGUGUUCUUGCAAAUCCUUUGAAGGUCCGUAUGCAUUAUGGUCAUCCAGAUGUAUUUGAUAGAGUUUUCCACAUAACUCGAGGUGGUAUCAGCAAAGCAUCUCGUGUAAUCAACAUUAGCGAAGAUAUUUUUGCAGGGUUCAAUUCAACUUUGCGCCAGGGAAACAUUACUCACCAUGAAUAUAUUCAGGUUGGCAAGGGACGAGAUGUUGGACUGAAUCAGAUUGCGUUGUUUGAAGGGAAAGUUGCUGGUGGUAACGGUGAACAAGUUCUUAGUAGGGAUGUUUACAGGCUUGGGCAGCUUUUUGAUUUCUUCCGAAUGAUGUCAUUCUAUUUCACCACUGUUGGAUACUAUUUCUGUACAAUGUUAACUGUGCUGACUGUGUAUAUUUUCCUUUAUGGGAAGGCAUAUUUGGCAUUGUCUGGGGUUGGGGAAGCGAUAGAAGAUAGAGCUGAAAUUACAGACAAUACUGCUUUAUCAGCUGCUUUAAAUACACAGUUUCUCUUCCAAAUUGGUAUUUUCACUGCUGUGCCAAUGGUACUAUGUUUCAUCUUAGAGCAGGGAUUUUUGAGGGCUGUUGUUAGUUUUGUCACUAUGCAGCUUCAGCUCUGCACUGUUUUCUUCACCUUCUCCCUAGGCACAAGGACACAUUAUUUUGGCCGUACUAUUCUCCAUGGUGGUGCAAAGUAUCGAGCAACAGGUAGGGGAUUUGUGGUUCGACAUAUCAAAUUUGCUGACAAUUACAGACUUUACUCCCGCAGUCAUUUUGUCAAGGGAUUGGAAAUUGUGCUUCUGUUGAUAGUAUAUCUUGCAUACGGAUAUAAUGAUGGCGGUGCACUCUCCUACAUCCUUCUUACUGUUAGCAGUUGGUUCAUGGUUAUUUCAUGGUUGUUUGCUCCUUAUUUAUUUAAUCCUUCUGGCUUCGAGUGGCAAAAGACUGUAGAAGACUUCAGAGAUUGGACGAAUUGGCUUCUUUAUAGAGGUGGUAUCGGAGUCAAGGGAGAAGAAAGCUGGGAAGCAUGGUGGGACGAAGAACUGGCACAUAUCCGAACCUUUUCAGGAAGGGUGAUGGAGACCAUCUUGAGCCUCAGGUUUUUCAUCUUUCAGUAUGGCAUUGUCUACAAGCUUCAUAUACAAGGAACAGAUACAUCAUUAUCGGUGUAUGGCUUUUCCUGGAUUGUGCUGGCAGUGCUCAUUGUCCUUUUUAAGGUAUUCACCUUCAGCCAGAAGAUAUCAGUUAACUUUCAGUUGCUGCUGCGCUUUAUCCAAGGGCUCUCCUUCUUGCUUGCAUUGGCUGGUUUGGUCAUUGCUGUUGUACUUACAAAGCUGUCAGUCCCAGAUAUUUUUGCUUGCAUCUUGGCAUUUGUACCUACUGGUUGGGGAAUUCUAUCUAUUGCUGCAGCUUGGAAGCCUUUGAUGAAGAAGCUGAGAUUAUGGAAAUCCAUCCGUUCAAUAGCUCGUUUAUACGAUGCUGGGAUGGGGAUGCUCAUCUUCAUCCCAGUUGCACUCUUUUCGUGGUUCCCCUUCAUUUCUACAUUCCAAACACGUCUUAUGUUCAACCAAGCAUUCAGCCGUGGAUUGGAAAUCUCUCUUAUCCUUGCCGGAAACAAUCCCAAUACCGGGUUAUGAGUACUUCAGUUUCAUGUGUCCCAGUCUGUAAGCUGUUUAAGUUUUGACUAUAAUUUUGACUCGCUUUUCUUUUUCUUUGUUUUCAUCGUUUCAGAAAUCUUACUGUAAAUUACUUGUUAUUGCCGGUUAGUGAUUAUAUUGUAUGGGAGCAGCAUUCUUGUUAUACUUUGCCGUGCAUCGUGGUCAUGUAGAUGGUUUUCAAGUGGCAAAUGACUUGUUAAAGUUUUGGACAUGUAUUGGACUCAUACCCAGUUGAUGGGCUGCGAGGACAGAAAAUACGGCAGCAAGAGAUAGCUGCACAAUUUGGUUCUUUAUUUCAUGUUAGAACGACCGGCAUUGGUUAAUUAUGAAAUGAAGUGAUUGGGAUGUCUAAUUAUUGAAUGGAUUCUUGGUUAA